UAAGUAAGUAUAAUUCAAUUUGAAUGUAACUCCUGUCAAUCAAAAGGUUAAGGAAUCAAUGCAAAGAUGAAACGUGGCAGGAUCACUGGAUCAGUUGGCCAUGCCCACAAGGAAACAGAGGGAUGAUCCGAGCACGGCAGACCAAGUCACCCCCAACAUUAAUGACCGUUGGGGAAGUUGGCAGCACUCUAAACCUAAUGAAUGUUUUCGGCAUGCUACCCAAUUCAACUCAGCUCCAACUGCUUCAAUCAAUGCCUCUCUCUCUCUCUCUCUCUCUCUCUGCAAAGUUGGAUUUUACAAUUUACAAAUGGGAUUGCAGCUGAUGAGCUUAAUGCAAUUGUUUUCAUUUUACUUUCUCAGCUGCAUGCACCUCUUGUGUUUACAGCUUUAUAUCUAUGGUGGGACUUGGGGCAUUUGCUAAAAUCCGCGUCAGAAGUAGAGAAGUGUUCAAAUCUCUGGUGGGUCUUGGCUAGCUGACAAGAAUUGAAGCAAACACCUCCCAAAUUGGUUUGGCAGAUGAACAAACUCUGACGGUGAAAACAAAGUUCUAUUCCAAUAUACAUAUUGUUUGGCUCGUGUUUAAUAACCCCCAAGAUUUAAUUCUACAGAGAGUACAUUGGCGUCUGAGUUGUUCCCUUUUAUUGGCACUUAAAAUUUGCGGGGAAAGAUCAAGAAUUAGUCUUGGUUUAGGUGAAAAAAUCUACCAAAAAGAUUUGCUCUUCCGAUUUCCUUAUAACUGGGGAAGUGGAAACUUGUGGUUUGAGCGGAAAUUGGGUAAUGUGGGAUUGAGGGAGGAAAACCCAUAUAAAUACCAGGGGUGGGUUCUUCGAGUUCAUGUGAAAAUUUCAACUUCAAUCAAAAAAGGGGCAGAAUUUACAGGAACCACACAAGAGAGAGGAGGAAAACCCAUAUAAAUACCAGAGGUGGGUUCUUCGAGUUCAUGUGAAAAUUUCAACUUCAAUCAAAAAGAGGGGCAGAAUUUACAGGAACCACACAAGAGAGAGCAGAUCUUCUAUAUAAUUGAAGAGUUGUAGUUUUGUUUUUUGUUGUUUUCAUCUCUUGACUUGUUGGCACUGAUUUUUUAAAUUGGAAGAAGAUGGUUGGAAGUAUUGAGGUGAAGAGUCAUAAUUUGUACUCAAAUGGGUCUUUUCAGAAUCACAAUGGCAUGGAAGAGAAGCUUGAUGAACUCCGUUGCCUUCUUGGCAAGGCUGAUGGUGAUUCAUUGAGGAUAGUUGGUGUUGGAGCAGGUGCUUGGGGCAGUGUUUUUGCAGCUCUGCUGCAGGAUAGCUACGGACAAUUUCGAGAUAAGGUGCAAAUUAGGAUAUGGAGACGGCCUGGAAGAGCAGUUGAUAGAGCCACAGCCGAACAUCUCUUUGAAGUGAUCAAUUCAAGGGAGAAUGUUUUGAGGAGGUUGAUCCGGAGGUGUGCAUAUCUAAAGUAUGUAGAGGCCAGAUUGGGCGAUCGGACACUCUAUGCAGACGAGAUUUUGAAGGAUGGAUUCUGCUUAAACAUGAUUGAUACCCCUUUAUGUCCUUUAAAGGUUGUGACAAACUUGCAGGAAGCUGUUUGGGAUGCUGAUAUUGUGGUGAAUGGUUUGCCUUCAACUGAAACUUGUGAGGUGUUUGAAGAGAUCAGCCAUUAUUGGAAGGAGAGAAUCACAGUGCCCAUUAUUAUCUCUCUGGCAAAGGGCAUAGAGGCUGCACUGGAACCUGUCCCCCAUAUAAUUACUCCCACACAAAUGAUCAAUCAAGCAACUGGAAUUCCUAUAGAAAACAUUUUAUAUCUUGGUGGACCAAAUAUUGCCUCAGAAAUUUACAACAAGGAAUAUGCCAAUGCGCGAAUAUGUGGGGCUGAAAAGUGGAGAAAACCUCUUGCAAAGUUUUUAAGACAACCCCAUUUCAUUGUAUGGGACAACAGUGACCUCGUUACUCAUGAAGUAAUGGGUGGCUUAAAGAAUGUCUAUGCCAUUGGUGCAGGAAUGGUAGCAGCUCUAACCAAAGAGAGUGCCACCAGCAAAUCAGUAUAUUUUGCACAUUGUACAUCAGAGAUGAUAUUUAUUACUCAUUUGUUGGCUGAAGAACCUGAGAAGCUAGCUGGUCCUUUGCUGGCUGACACUUACGUGACCUUGUUGAAGGGUCGUAAUGCUUGGUAUGGCCAGAUGUUAGCUAAGGGGGAGCUGAGCCUGGAUAUGGGGGAUAGCAUCAGCGGUAAGGGAAUGAUUCAGGGUGUCUCUGCAGUUGGAGCAUUUUAUGAACUUCUUAGUCAGUCCAGCUUAAGUGUGUUACAUCCUGGAGAAAACAAGCCUGUUGCGCCCGCUGAGCUAUGCCCCAUCUUAAAGACACUGUAUAGAAUACUGAUAACAAGGGAGCAACCAUCACAAGCAAUUCUUCAAGCUUUGAGGGAUGAAACGUUGAAUGAUCCCCGGGAUCGCAUCGAAAUUGCACAAAGCCAUGCUUUCUACAGGCCUUCACUUCUUGGUCAGCCACUCAGCCUUCAUAUGUUUGCCACGGCAAAGGAGAAGGGCAAUGAGGGAGCAGUAACUUCAUAGAUGCCCUUAUUAGAUGUACUGCAUACUUGAAACAGGAGCACACUGGUUUUGUAAUGGAUUGUGUAUUGACUCGGUUCAUGGAAAUUUUAGUUAAAAUGGUUUUAUGCUGGCUUUGAAUA